UAGCAGCACUGACCAGAGCCCAAGCCAAGAAAGAUCAAACUUCUGAGCAAAGUUCUGAGCGGAGACCUCCUGCUGGGGCAGCUGUAAAAAACUUGGUGGAUGAAAGGCGCUUCAGUAGCCUAGUGUGUCUGGUCAAGACUGUUUCUUUCAUAUGGAGAGCUGCCAGGAAAUUUAUAUCUGGAAACAAGUCCAUAAAGACACCAAAGUGGGAGGCAGUACCAACAAGUGGGGUCAUCACUGCUUUUGAACGUCAAGAUGCUUUUAGAGACAUCUGUCUUGCCGCCCAAGAGGGAAUGAUCCUUCCAGCCACCACUACAGACCGCUUGGUGGUGUACAGGGAGGUAGAGACUGGACUACUAGUCUGUGGUGGGAGAAUCCAUGGUUUCAGAGAAGACUGCAUGGCAGUCCCCCUUCUACCAUCCAAUGCAUGGGUCUCUAAUUUGUUGGCUCGAGAGGCACACAAUGAGGGUCAUGAAGGUGUGGCUGCAACCCUGCUAAAAAUGAGAAGGAAAGCCUGGGUCAUUCAAGGGAGGAGAGUUGCCAAAAGAGUAGUGGAAAACUGUCUUAUCUGCAAAAAGUACAAAGCGAGAAGGUGCCAGCAAAUAAUGGGGGAUUUACCUCCUGAGAGAGCCAAACCUGCAGCCCCAUUUGAGUUCACAACAGUUGAUCUCUUUGGACCAUACCUCGUCAAAGAUAUUGUCAAGAAAAGGGUCUCCAUGAAAGUGUGGGGUGUUGUUUUCAGCUGCAUGGCCAGCAGGGCUGUUCAUGUAGACCUGGCAGAUACAAUGUCAACAGAGAGUUUUUUGAUGACUUACCAACGAUUCACAGCAAUUAGAGGACAUCCAAGGAAGAUAUGGUCCGAUCCAGGAACAAAUUUCAUCGGUGCCAAGUCUGCAUUAAGAGAGCUGUACCAGUUCCUGGAUUCUCAAGACAAAGGUGCAAUUGUGGAGAUGUCAGCUCAAAAAGGCACCCAAUGGGAGUGGA